CGCGUUUGGAGUGAUAGCGCGCUCGCUGGGCAGAGGGGAAAAAAUAGUUGCAACUAGUGGGUUUACAAGUCGAAGACCCGGGCUUGCUGCCUCGCAGUCUGGUUCCGCGACGCGAACCCGAAGCUGGGUGAUGAGUCGAGCGCGGCACCCGUUCCAUACGCAAUGAGACCCACCUGGAACUUCCCCCAUCAUCAGAUACUCGAUCCAGACUGAAACCGAGGAUCGCGACAGACGAAGAAAUUGAAUUACAGUAAACCUCUUAUUAUCCAAAAUAAUCGGGACGCGGAGCAAAACAAUCUGGAGAAAAACUGGAUGCUUGGACUCUGUAGUGACUCGGCGAAUAAUUCUAGGGAAAAAGGAAGUGUGCGCAAGGCUGUGAUUCAUUUUCGCCUAAGAUAACGAUCAACUGGACUGGUUUGAGCAGCAAUGUGCUUUAGUCCUCGUUCGUCCUGGAAACCUGGACCGAUGAUCAAUUGAAAUGUUUCGGACAAAUUUGGAUAUCAUAGCCUGUUGAUCUGAGUUUUAUCGUGAUUAUCAAGUGGAUGAGGUUCUCAUUUCCGGAACUAAGCCGGGUUCUCGGCUGUCUUCAUAUCUAGAUGAAAUGGCGGGGGAUGCAUGUGAUGGUGUCCAAAGGAGUGAAGCAGAAACGAAAACAAAACUGCAUGUUUAUCUGCAUUUGUAUACAACAAAGUGUAUUUUAUUAGUUUGGAGGAAAGUGCGGAUUGCAAAGAAUUGAAUUAAUUGUGCACAUUUGAUGUACAGAACAUCGGAACGGGAAUUUUUUUACGCUUGUGCGAAACGCGACGCGUUCUAUACCCCAGUGUAUUUAUGUUUUUGGACGUCCUUCAAGAUGCUCAUGGAAGUAGCUCAAGAAUGGGAAAGCAUUGAAGAAAUUCAGCUGGAGCCAUUUAUUCAUCAAGUCGGUGGUCAUUCGUCCAUUCUGUCGCUGGACGAAAGCACGAUAUGCAAACCGUUGGUGCUGCAAGAAGUCGAGUUUUACAAGUCGCUGCCGUCGAACAUGCGCGAGUUCACGGCGGAAUUCCGAGGCAUUGUGGAAGUGUCUUCUGUGCAAGACGAAAAUGGGGCCAUCACGUUGCUGCGUUUCCGCGGGGGUGGACUGCUCCGCAAAGACCUUGGGGCUGCUCGUGCACUCUCCAGGGGCUCCGCGGCAGCUCCAAGC